UACGGAAACAGUUUAGAUUGGAUACGUAUUCUUACGUGCGCAACGUGACGUUUUUCGGAGUGUUUAUUUCUGUUUAUUUAUGGUUGCUUUUUUUAAUUGUGUUGGGUGAAGUUGGUGGUUUGUUUUGAUUCGCUUGAUGUGUAUUUUUGACGGAGGUGAAAAUUAAACGAGGGACAAUUUAAAGGAUAGAAUGGGCGCGCGGCAGUCGAAGCGGUCGGUCGAUAUAACAACGACGCCCAAAAAGGGCGACGAGUCCGCCGCAGCGGCGGCAGUCACGGAGGGCGAGGGCAAAUUGGAAAAAAUUGCGGAAGGCGAUGUGAUCACCACCAACGGCACCCUACACAACGAAAUCGAAUAUGCGGAUAAAGAUGAAAGUUCGAAGGAUGAAAUCGAGGAGCCGGAAAAAACGUCACUGGAAAAAGCAAACGAAUCGAAAGAAAACAGCACCGCCAUUUCAGUUGAAAUAAAGGAAAACGGUGUGCCGGAAAACGAGCCCGCCAAUACGGAAGAGAACGACACCGAGGAGACGAAAGAAAAGGAGGUGAAAACGCCGGAAACCGAACAGAAGAUUGCCGAGGAAAUACCUGAGAGUAAAAAGAAAAAAGAGAAGAAGAAAAAAUGGUCGUUUAGGUCUAUUUCGUUUUCGAAAAAGGACAAGUCGAAACCCACAAAAGACGAGAAAAACGGCGAGGUCAAAGAAAUUACCGAGGAGAACGCUGAGGAAAAGGCCGCCACGCCAUCCGAGCCCGCGAAAGCCGAAGAGGACGCGAAACCCGCCGACAUACCCGCCAUCCCGGAGGAAUCUGCCGAUGUCAAAUCGGAAGUCAAACCUGCACAAUCCGAAGCGGCAGCCGUGGGAGUCCCGAAGGAAUCGGAAGCCAUGGAGGAACCCCAGGCGGUCGCACAAUCCGAACCCGAAGGAAUCCCAGAGUCCGCCAAAGAGGUGCGUACCGAAGAAGCGCCCCCUCCAUUGCCUGCCUCCAAUCCUCCAUCCCCGGUGACGGUCUUCGCUGAGUCCACCAAAGCCGAAACCGCUCUAUCCGCGGGCCAAGUGCCUCAGGAGCCCGCGGUAGAAAACAUCGCGCCACCCCCCGAAAUACCCUCCGAAGAGGUUAAACUGAUUUCGGGGGUCGUUGAAACUCCCGUGCCCGAACCCCCACCCGUUAAGACUGACGAAGAACGGAGCACUCCGCCGCCGGCUCCCUCGGCCGUCUCGGAAGUUUCCGCUCCACCCGUAGAUUCCCCACUUCCUGCGGCAGAUUCGGAGAGCCCUCCUGCUGAACACCAGCCGGAAGUCGUUUCCGUAACGGGGGAUACCUCUCAAGACCAAGACACUAGCGAAAACCUCGCGGAAGUAUCCCCCCCUACGCCCCCCGUCACCGAUCCGAAGGAAGAAAGUGCGUCUGAAGUCGUUAUUCCUCCCGUCGAAAAGGAAGAUAUUUCCGAAACUCCAGCACCGGAGGCGGUAACUUCUACCCCUCCGGCCGAGUUAAAAGAAGACACGUCCGAAGCGGUAGCGCCUGCCGAUUCCCUGCAGGAUAUUUCGACGGAAUCCCUUCCGAGUCUCCCGGAACCGGUGUCGGAAAGUUUACCGGAACCGAUGUCUCUUCCGCCCGUCGAUUCCGUUCCCGAACCUAUCGCCCCGUUAGACUCCGAUCCCGACGUUGUCCCCCUGACGAACGGAAACGCCAACGGGCUUCCAUCGCAGGCAUCGUCACCCGCAGAUGAACACGUGACCGCCGAACUGUCACCAGGACCGACGAAACAGAUUGUGUCAGAAACGGUAAAGGAAUCCGAGAUUAGCCCAGAGUCCGGGGAUAAACCUAGCGAAAUUACCAAGGAUGCAGUCGCAGUCGAAGAAUAAUAAUGAUUAGCCAGGCGCCACGCACAUUUUUGUAUGGAUUUUGCUUUUGAUAAACGAAUGACCACUUUCGGUCGGCAAUAUCGAAUACUGAUUUUCGACCAAAAAUGAAUAAACAAAAAAUCAUGGAAACUGCCAUAUUAAAAUUUAGAAAUUUAGAGGAGAAUUUAGAUUAUACAUAUACAUACAAUCGUCCAAUGUGCGCAAAACAAAACAAGUUUUUAAUACUCCCUUUUAUAAAUGUUUUAUAUUUAACCAUUUAGCGAUGAUGAUGAGUUUCGGGAGGGGGUAGAUUUUUUUAAAAUAUACAGCUGUAUUAUAACUCAUUAUCAUAGAAUUUAGACCCUAGCUCUAGGAUUAGUAAUAAUAAAUUUUAGAUCGAGCUUUUAAUUAUUAUUAUUACUUUUAUUUUACUUGUAAUUACGUUUUUUAUUUUCAUAUUUUUUUGUUCGUCGCUUCAGUUCUUCAUAAGUUAGCGGUUAAGAAUGUCGGAAUUGUGUCUAGAUGUACACGGCUGCUUGAAAAGCAUGUAAAGUGUGGUUUCGAUAUCGAUAUCUUCUAAAUUGGCGGCCAGACAAAAACUGACCAAAAUAUAAUUUUAGGUGUGUCAGUCUUUUGUUCGUCGGUAAUGACCCGAUUGCUUUCCAGAUUUCUAUGGCCUAUUGGAUUAUACUCUGUGUACAGUUGAAAUUUCAGUUUUGUACAAACCGGCCAAAUUUUAGGCGUUCCGCCUUUUGCUAAGACUCAAAAAUCUACACAGCUGUUUGAUAUUUCGUCAUUUGGUGUACUCGACCGACUUAUCAUAAUGGCUGUGCUCUACUAAGUACAUAAAAUAAUUUCGUGUUUGUGUGAAUGUGUUAUAAAUAUAUAUAUUAAAUAUAGGGUGUUUCCUAAA